CACCGGCCCGAGCGGGGGAGGAAGGAAGGGAGGCGAGCUAAGGGCUGAGGCAGCAUGGCCGCGACGACGCUGCCGCCCGAGUCGGUUUCUAGCAGCAGCAGUAGCAGUAGCAACAACGGGAGCCUGGAAGGCGGCGCCGGCACGCUGUGCGCCAACAGCAGCAGCAGCCGCCACGAGAAGAGCCUGGGGUUGCUCACCACCAAGUUCGUGGCGCUCCUGCAGGAGGCCAAAGACGGCGUGCUGGACUUGAAAGCGGCUGCUGAUACACUUGCUGUAAGACAAAAGAGGCGGAUUUACGACAUCACCAAUGUUCUGGAAGGGAUAGAUCUCAUUGAAAAAAAGUCAAAAAACAGCAUCCAGUGGAAAGGUAUAGGUGCAGGCUGUAAUACAAAGGAGGUUGUGGAGAGAUUGAGAUACCUUGAAGCAGAAAUUGAAGACCUAGAGCUAAAAGAAAAGGAACUGGAUCAGCAGAAAUUGUGGUUACAGCAAAGCAUAAAAAAUGUUAAAGAAGAUUCCACAAAUAAGCAUUUUUCAUACAUCACUCAUGAAGACAUUUGUGACUGCUUCAAUGGAGACACACUACUAGCAAUUCAGGCACCUGCUGGGACACAAUUGGAAGUUCCCUUACCUCAUGUGGGACAAAAGAAAUACCAGAUUAAUCUAAAGAGUAAUUCAGGACCUAUCCAUGUGCUGCUCAUAAAUAAAGAAUCCGGUUCCUCCAAGCCAGUCGUAUUUCCAGUACCACCACCAGAUGACCUUCUGCAACCUCAGUCACAACCUGCAGUUCUAUUGACUCCUCCUAAACACAGUGUAGAUCCCCAGAGGUUACAAGAAUCUGGAGACCCUGCUCAGGAACAAUCUCUUCCACAGACAGCAGUCACAGGUACACCAACAGACAUCAGCUUACAAGAGAUCUCCGCUCCAGAAACCCUUUAUGACAGCAUUUCAGAUUCUGAGCUGUAUGACAGCCUUGUGACUGAAACCACACCUAGUUCAAAUACUUGCCAGUACCUUCCACUGGAUGUUAAUAGUAUUCUCAAGCCCAACACAUUUGACAUAGCAAAGAUGGAUGAGCCUGGAGGCAUAAUUAACAGUGAUAUCAUUGAUGAAUUGAUGUCUUCUGAUGUUUUUCCCCUCCUACGAUUAUCUCCUACCCCUGGAGAUGACUACAGCUUCAACCUGGAUGAUAAUGAAGGAGUUUGUGAUCUCUUUGAUGUGCAGAUACUGAACUACUAGAUUUGAUGCAGCUGGAUUGCUUCAUCUACCUCUAACUAUGUAAUGUUGUAGUGCUAAUUUCAUAAUGCAAAUAUUUAAAAUAAUGAAUGUAAAUCUUUGUAAUUUACCAACACCGGGCAUGCAUCUUCCUCUUAGUUACUAUGAACAUUCUUCUAAACUUAAUGAAAUGGAAGGGGCCUCUUAGUGCAAUGUAGCCAAUAUGGGAGUGGGAGGCAAGGGUUGACAUUCAAAUGUUACAGUAGCCGAAGUUACUUGAAAGCCGUGAAUCUCUUUAUUUGUUCUUUGGGAACCAAAGUUUCCUAUUUUUCUCUGCUUUCACUAAAACUAUAUAAACAUUAUACUUCAGAAAAACUGUUGCACUGAAUUUCAGAUCUGGUAAUUUGGGAACAGCCUAUAGUCAUUUGAAGAUGCUGGCCAUAUGCCUAAAGCUUCCACUGCCAGAUGUAAAAUGAAGGGCAUUGUCUAGAUUUUGCUUCAUUCUUCAGUGAACGAAGAAUAUAUUUUCAUGGAGUGCCUUCUUUAUUAGCACUUUAAGUUUUCUUUUAAAAAAACUUGUGGCAUUCCAUCUUCCUAGUUUUAGGAAAGCACUAUUUGUAGUUUGUAUUAAAGAGUGCCAAUACUUGUACAUUAACAAAUAAAAUAAAAACUGUACAAACAA